CCUCUUUUCCAACUUUCCAGGUCAAACAGUCUACUCGCAAGGUGCGGCUGCGACGCCGGUACCUCUACUGAAUGCCAUGACGGAGGUCGGCAAGGCUGGCUCCAUGAAGGACAUCAAAGUGGUCCACAUGCACACGGAGAAAGACGCCGCGUAUGUCGCGCCUGAGUACAAGGACAUCUUCAGGUCGGUCUCUCUCUUCAUGGCGGCGAACGUCCGCAAGUCGGUCGCUGAAGGCCGCUCGGACGCCAUCCCGAUCUUCCUCCAGGACAUCCCCAAACUGUUCCACAGGAAGAUCAUCCAGCCCGACAUCGCUGUCAUCCAGGUGUCUCCCCCAGACCAGCACGGCUACUGCAGCCUGGGGACCUCGGUGGACUGUGUCAGGUCGGCGCUGGUCAACUCCAAGACUAUCAUCGCACAAGUAAACGUCAACAUGCCGCGUACCUUCGGCGACGCCAUCAUCCAUAUGUCGCACAUCGACUAUGCUGUGAGCGAUAACACGCCGCUGCCGGAACACGGGGGAAAAGGCGCCAGCCCUGAAGAGAUCAAGAUCGGACAGCUGAUUGGAGAGAAUCUGGUGGAAGAUGGAGCCACUUUGCAGAUGGGAAUCGGCAGCAUCCCGGACGCGGUGCUGUCCUGCCUGAAGAACCACAAGGACCUCGGCAUCCACUCGGAGAUGUUCAGCGUGGGCGUCAUCGACCUCGUGCGCCGCGGCUGCGUCACUAACAACAAGAAGAAAAAUCACAAGGGACGCAUUGUGGGCAGUUUCCUGGUCGGCAACAAGGAGUUGUACGAUUUCGUGGACAACAACCCCUUCAUUGAAAUGUUGGAGAUCGACUAUGUGAACAAUACGCACAUCGUGUCUCUACAGCCGACCAUGACGGCCAUCAACUCCUGCAUCGAGGUGGACCUCACCGGCCAGGUCUGCGCCGACUCCAUCGGAACCCGUAUGUACUCGGGUUUCGGUGGUCAGGUGGACUUCAUCCGCGGCGCGGCGGAGGCGGUGGACGGGCGCGGCAAGCCCGUCAUCGCGCUCGUGUCCACCACUCGCAAGGGCGAGUCCAAGAUCGUGCCCACGCUCAAAGUCGGUGCCGGAGUAGUGACAACCAGAGCACACGUCCACUACGUGGUCACAGAACAAGGUAUCGCAUACCUCUUCGGCAAGACUCUCCGUCAAAGGGCCUACGAACUCAUCAAGAUCGCUCAUCCAGACCACCGCGAAGCCCUCGAAAAAGCCGCCUUUGAACGCCUCAAGUGCAUGCCUGCACCUUGAAAGAAAAAACACUCAAAACCCACGCCCCAAGCCGCAACCUUAAAUUAAAAAAAAACAAAAUGUGUUGUCAACGAAAAAAUCCUACUACUUUAGUAGUUUUUAGCAAUAAGCGUAACUGUUGUAGCCUACUCUGCCGCAGUGGGCGUUGUAUAGUAUUUUAUUUGUAAGUAUUAUGACAAAUUCCGUAUGCAUUUCGUUAUUGGCAGAUGUUUGUUAAUGCUAGAGUCUUUACUAGUUACCUAGUCGUUCGAUAGCUGGAAAUGCCUUAUACACGUCAAUAGUAAAAAUAGUCUAAGCAAUGAAAAUAGUAAAAAAUAGUG